AUGCACGGCCUAGCCGAUGCACCGCCAGGGACAAGUCCGGCGACGGCGUCUUCCGUGCCGAUGAUGCCGCCCUCGCCGGCCAUGUCCUAUCCCAGGCACGCCUCGGCGCCGCCUUCGGGCCUGUUCCAGACAUGCACGCAGCUCGCCAAGCGCCUUGGGUGCGUGUAUGGCUUCGAGCACGAGCUGCCACGCACUUGGGCGCGGCCUGGCACAGAUGCUUUUGAUCCGGUCUCGGACCUCUGGCACUUUUUCCGGUUAGGAAAGCCGCUCUGCAUGCUGUUCAAUGUGUACGCCACCUACAUGCGGUGGCCGCUGAUUUCGUAUACGACCGAGCUGCGCCUGAGCAAUGCCAACAUGUGCAAGGCUCUGGUGAUGCGCUUCAUUCUCGCGCUCAAAGAGCGUCUAGGAUGGGAUCCCGACGAUACCUUUACUGUGUCGCAGCUGUAUCUCAACGACACGAACGGCUUCGUGCGCGUCGUGCGCACCGUCGACCGUCUCGUCACGCUGCUGGAAGAGCGCGGCCUCGUGCACCUUCACACGCCGCAUCCGUACGAUACGCCCGAGCAGUUCAUACGCACGGCACCGCCUGAUCAGCGCGAACUCGUUAGCCGCGAGCUGCUCGAGUCCGAGCGAAAGUACGUCGGCGAUCUCGAGAUCCUGCAGGCCUAUGCAUCGGCGCUCUCGCAGUAUGAUCUCGUGUCGCAGGACACAUUGCACCACAUCUUUGGUAAUCUGGACCAGCUCGUGGACGCCCAGCGGCGCUUUCUUAUCUGUCUGGAGCAGAAUGCCCAAAAACCCGCGGACAAGCAGCUCCUGAGCGGCAUUUUCCGCGCACUCGAAGACGACUUCUCCGUGUACGAUUUGUUCUGUGCGAACUAUGCACAUGCCCUGCACCACAUCAACGACGAGCGCAGUGCCCUCGCGGCGCUGGCGCAGAUUCCCGCGGCCCAGUCUCGAUACCUUGAGCCGACGUACGAGCUGCCGACGUACCUCAUCAAGCCCGUCCAGCGUAUCUGUAAAUACCCCCUUCUCCUCGAGCAGCUGCUCAAGCAUACGCCGGAGCUGGAGCGCGCUGAUCUGAUCGAUGCGCUCACGAUCAUUCGGCGCAUCACCGACCGCGUGAACGAGACGCGCCGUGCGCAAGAAAACGAGCAGCUCGUCCAGAAUCUUGAAUCGCGCGUCGAAGACUGGAAAGGCCACUCGCUCCAGACCUUUGGCCCCUUGCUCUUGUGCGACUCGUUCAUCGUGUCCAAGGGCGACUCGGAGCGCGAGUUCUGUGUAUACCUAUUUGAACAUAUCCUGCUCUGCUGCAAGGACACGAGCCAUGCCAUGCCGAGUCGCACCCGCUCAAAGAGCUCGACACGACUGCGUCCGCGCGGCGGCAGCGUCUCGGAAUCGUCACGCCGUCAAGAGCGCCUCUCAGCGCCGCUCCAGCUCAAGGGCCGCAUCUUUUUGAGCAACAUGGUCGGCAUCCAGGCCCUCGGUCGCCAAGCCGACGCCUACAUCCUCCAGGUUUGGUGGCACGGCGAGCUCGAUAUCGAAUCGUUCUGCCUCAAGUGCAAGAACGAAGAGCAGCUGCGCAUAUGGCACUCGACGCUGCAGCGGCAGCUCGACGAGAUUCGACAGCGCCGUGAGACGGUCGCCGCUCGGCAACGCAGUGCCAUGACACCUAUGACGCCGCAUCUGCCAGCGGACGUGUCAUCCCGCGCUCCGUGCACGGCCUCCAGUCUGUCGAUUCGUACGCCGAGCGUCUCGGAAUGCGACAGCCCGCGCGAGAUGUACGUGCCCGACGAUAUAUCGCCCUCCCCCCACAAGGUGUGGCGCCAAAUGUCGCUGGGGCACCCACCGCACAUGUCGCCCUGCACCCUGCCCAUGCGCUCGUCGUCAGUGAGUGGACAGGCGCAUCCAGAAUUCCUCGAAAAGGAGCUCGAAGCCAUGCGCAUCGGCCGCACGCCCACCCGACAUCGAGGCCUCGCCGCCGCCCGUGGCGGCCCACCGCCGAUGCACCUCGAUAUGACGGCCAUGCAGCGCACGGCGUCGGACAGCAUGGCGAUGCGCAGCUUCAUGUCCCCCCUCGGCACUGCGACGCCCGCAGACUGGCAUCCAACUCCCGUCACCCUGCCGAAUGCGCCCGUUUCGCCCAAAAGCGAGUGGAAUCCCUACUUUGGCGCCGCGCCUGAGCCGUCCCUACGACACACCUCCAUCAGCACGGCCGGGUCGCGAAGGUCCGGCGAGCCCACGGCACCCACCUCAGCGAGCCCACGGCACAACAGCGGCUCGGGCGCGUCGGCUACGAGUGGCAGUGCGUGGCUGCGUUCCGCACCGCACUCGCCGGCACUGGGUGCCCCGUCCGUCAUGGUCCACGUGCGUCGCGGCACCGAGCACAUCGACGUCGCCCUGCCGUCAGCCGUCAGGUUCGGCGAGCUGCACGCGCAUGUGCACCGUCACAUGCGCCUCGAUCCGCACGCCCGCAUGUACCACAUCGACGAGGACGGCGAUCGCGUCAUGCUGCUGGACGACGACGACCUUGCGACAGCCAUGGAUCAUGUCCACCGCCAUCCUGACCCCCACUUGUUGCUCGUGAUCGAAUAG